UUCUCCGAUCGUCCUCCGACGUAUUGGUAAAUUGCAGAUCCUCGGGGCAUGCAACCUUAAGCAACCUUCCACAAGACUAAAUACCUCGGUCUCAGGCUAGAUCCAGCUUCUCGUGGUCCAGUUUUAAACCAACUGACGCAGUUACUAUUUACAACCCGUACAACACGCAUUUGGACACAUCGCGGAUCAUCUAAAAUAUUAAAAAAGAGCGUGAUGAGCGGGAACAUCAUCUUCUGAUGCCUGUAUUUGUAUGAAAUCGCGAAUUUUGCUGACUGAAACGACAGUUGAACGUUGCUGAACGACAUUUAGUCGAGGCUCUUCGUGACCGCGGUAAGGUCGACGGCAGGCAUUUUGACUUGGUCGGUGUCCCGUUCCGCUGCUGAAAGUCACGUAUUCGGAUGUCCGUGCGCACAUCUUCAUCAGGUUUAUGAGCCUCCUACUUUCGGUCUCCCAAAUACGUGGCCCCAUCCUCACUCAACUACGCUCUUCUACCUCCAUAUCUAUCAGGAAAAUGUCCUCUAUUGAACAGUUCAGACAGUCCCCUCACAAGCUGCUGGUCAUUCCAGGGCCAAUCGAGGUAUCGGAUGAGGUUUUAUUUGCCAAUGCCCAUCCUUCCAUGUCACACGUUUCCCCCGACUUUAUCCCGGUGCUCGGUGAUUGCAUUCGAAUGACGCGAACCGUCGUAGACACUGCGAAAGGUCAACCAUUCUUGAUAGCAGGAAGUGGGACAUUAGGCUGGGACCAAAUCGCAGCUAAUCUUGUCGAGCCCGGAGAGAACGCGUUAGUCCUUCAUUCCGGCUAUUUCGGAGACAGCUUUGCGGAAUGUUUAGAAACUUACGGAGCGAACGUCGACCAAUUAAAAGCAGAAAUAGGCGCGGCUGUUAGCCAAGAGGCCAUAGCGGAGGCACUAGGGAAGAAGAAAUACAAGCUCUUGACAUUUACUCACGUUGACACCUCAACUGCUGUCCUUUCGGACGCCAAAGCAAUCGUAGAAACAGUCCGCAGAGUAUCACCGGAGACUCUGGUCGCUUUGGAUGGAGUUUGCUCAGUCGCUAGUGAAGAGAUUCAUAUGGACCAAUGGGAUGUAGACGUUAUCAUAACUGCAAGUCAGAAAGGCCUCGGAACUCCCCCUGGUCUCAGCAUUCUUGUCGCUAGCGUCCGAGCCAUGCAGGUUUUCAGCUCUAGAAAGUCCCGCCCCACUUCAUACUAUGGUAGCUGGAAGAAAUGGCUUCCAGUCAUGCAGGCUUAUGAAAGUGGAAAACCUUCGUACUUUGCUACGCCACCUGUCAACCUCAUUUACGCAUUCCACGCCUCUCUUUCCAAGAUCACCAAGUCUUCUCCUUCACUCGCAGAACGUUACGAACUGCACAGAGACGCAAGCCGGAGAGUCAAGGCAGCAGCGCAGGAGCUUGGAUUGAAACAGCUUCCUCUAGAUCCUGCAUUUGCUGCCAAUGGAAUGACCGCACUCUGGUAUCCUGACGGUCUGAGUGCAGGAGACAUUCUUCCGCGAUUGGUGAAGAAGGGCAUUGUUGUAGCCGGUGGCUUGCACGUUGACGUCAAGGAUAAAUAUUUCCGUAUAGGGCACAUGGGAAUCACUGCUGUUGAGAAAUCACGAGGCGACGUCGACGCUGUCGUCAAAGCUUUGGGAGAGACACUGGCAGAAGCCGCUGCUGAAAAACUGAAACAGGCUAAUGAUAGAUUCGGACCGUUGAAAGAUAACGGUCUGAUGAUGAAAGCAAGACUUUGAAGGAAAAUAUUUCUCACUCAGGUUGAAUGAGAACUUGUACACCGAACUUGGUAGCAAAUUGUAGCAUGUUGUCGGCAGGAUGCUGUGCUGCCCGGAUAUAGCGGAUGGGGUACCAUGGAAGGAAAAGUGAAGUUGCAACUAACCGUUGGGGUUGGAUCCACUAUGAUAUCUUGGCUGGAAAAUAGCUGAUAGCUAUAGUCUGAUUCAGUAGGGUGUGUGGUGUGUGGCGGUGGGGAUAAACAGAGGAAGUACUAGUGGUGUCUGUAGUGUCUUAGCAGGUAGUAGCUAUCUAUAUAUAUAAUCGAAGCAACGGAUACCCGUCCGGCGUUUACACA